GUUCCCUCAGCCAUAUUCUAAUACAUUUAGCAUGGCAUUUUUGCAAGAAAAACUAGUCUUCUUGUGUCUUCUGGUCUUGUGUAUGAAUUCAGUAUUGGCCUCUUCACGCAAUAGACGCUACACAAGUCCAACUGUGCCGCGGCUAACUGAUGUUUUCCCUCAUGUCUCGAUUACUAAUGUGUUUUCGAAAGCUUUUGGAGGCUCGAAUGUUCAGGUGACUGGUAAUGGAUCCAUGGCCACUCUUGCUCUUGACAAAAUCUCAGGUUCUGGUUUGGCAUCAGUAAACAAAUAUCACUAUGGAUUCUUCAGUGCUGCUAUCAAGCUGCCUCCUGGAGACUCUUCUGGAGUUGUGGUAGCUUUCUAUUUGUCUAAUGCAGAUGUUUUCCCCCACAAUCAUGAUGAAAUAGACAUAGAGCUAUUAGGCCAUGACAAUAGAAAUGAAUGGGUCAUCCAAACAAAUGUGUAUGCAAAUGGGAGUGUCAACACAGGAAGAGAGGAGAAAUUUUACCUCUGGUUUGACCCAACAACACAGCACCAUCAGUACACCAUCAUCUGGAACAACCAUCACACAGUGUUUCUAGUGGACAACAUCCCAGUGAGAGAGUUUCAGCAUAGCAGCACAUUCUACCCAUCAAAACCGAUGUCUGUUUACGCAACAAUAUGGGAUGGAUCAGAGUGGGCAACACAUGGAGGAAAGUACCCAGUCAACUAUAAGAAUGCACCAUUUACAGUUUCAUUUGCAGAAAUGGAGAUGAGUGGCUGCAUAUCCAAUCCCAGUGCUUCUCCUUCUUCAUGUUCUAAGACUCCUUCAAGUUUGGACCCAGUUGAAGGACCAGAGUUCGUGAAGUUGACUAACCAACAAGUUAGUGCUAUGGAUUGGGCAAGAAGGAAGCUAAUGUUUUACUCUUAUUGUAAAGAUACAUCUAGGUUUAAAGUUAUGCCACCAGAGUGCAGAUAGUUCUGUAACUCCAUUAUAUGUAUAAGAUCAUCAAAUUAGAACACAAUUAAUUCAAAGAUCCACAUA